UUCCGUUGAAGCCCAGUCUAUGUUAAAAACAGUCUCACAACAGAUGACCGACAAUGUUUAACGUAGAGAAACCUUUUAAAAAAAUGUCACUGUGUCGUGUUUAAUUGUGCUUCGGAGUCGAUGUCAUCUAUUUAAACCGCCUGUUCUGAAAGAGCCUCUGCUGAACAGGAUUCAAAGACCUCUUCGUCUACAGAAAGGUUUCUCGACUAGCUAACAUCAGCUAACCAGCUGAGCUCGGUGUCUACAUGGAUCAUACGGAAGACUUGUCUGCUCGGGUGCUUCUCAAACACAUUCUCACAACCGAGCCACCGAGGACACCCAUCACCCGCAGUGCCUCAAAAGCAUCAUUAGCGAGUACCUCUGCGACCAGACGCAGCAAUCGGCAGGCCAACAAAGAUGCUGGAGCCCAUACCCCUCAGGACAUCCUGAGGCGCAGUCUGAGGCAUAAAAUGCGUGAGAGUAUCACAAGAAAGUCUAUGCCGCCCCUUAAAAGGAGGACUGCUUCAGUCGUGCUCAAGAUGGUUGACACACCUGCUCCAGCCUCUAUGCUGCUUGAUGAUGGAGACACGCCGAGGCACAUACUCAUGAACAUCCUGCAGACAGAGCCUGUGAGAACCCCUGUGGUUCAUGACAAAGCAGCUUCAGAGCCACAAGAGCUGCAGCCACCUUCAGCUAACUCCAGCAUUGCCAGCAAGCGUCAAAGCACUGAGCUGUCAGGGUUUGACUUGCCUGAUUUAACUAUAAGCAACGUCAUAAGUACUGCAGAUGGACUGAGCAGAAAGAGACCCCGCCGGAGCCUGAAUGUAACAGCUUUCGAAAAACGUCUUCGAGAAGAAGGCGGUGUUGAGGAGCAGAAUGAGGAAUCACUGCGUGAUGAUUCAUCACUUUCAUCAACAAGUUCCACUUCUCUGUCCCUAAAAACACCGUAUGUGGGUGUUCACACGGAGAAAAGAGGUCUGCAGAGAAGAGUUGUUAACCGCCGGAAAAUCACAGAAGAAGAAUUUGAGGCCGCUGUGGAUAAAUGGCACAUGGGAGGAGCAAGCAGCUUCAUGCAGGCAGAGCAUGGUCUCAGUGAGACCGCCUAUUCUGAGGGCUUCACUUUGGGUCUGAGUAAACUUAGUGAACCUGACAUCACUACAGAUAUCGUCCACUGUAACACGGCUCUGUACGCCAAGCCUGAUUCAACUACCACCAACUACUCCAUGGUUGCUACCCAGGACAAACCCACCUUGAUGGCGUCUCAGCUGCAGAGACAGAUGUUAGAGCUGGAACAGGGUGAGCUGAGGAAGGAGAAAUCCUUGUACACAUUUCCAGCUGAAGAGGAGGCUGUGGCAGAACAUCACGAUGAAAAAUGUUUGUCUGGGUCUGAAAAGGAGGAAGGCAGGGAACCUGACAAUGAUGCUGUAGGCAAAUCUGUGAAAGAGAAAGUUACAGCUGAAUCUCAGGUCGAUGUCAAAGGUGACACAGCUGAGUCUAUGGAAGAGCUGAAUGUAGUGGAAGUUCAGAUAAAAGAGGAAGAAGCAGCUGAUUUGCAAACUGAAGAAGAGGGAGGUGAAAUUAAUAAUGAGCCUGAGGAGGAUGUUGCAAAUGGAUCUCAGAUUGAGGAAGAGCAGGAUCAAACAGACUCUCAAAGCCUGGAAGAAGAAGGUGUCGCUGACUCCCAGGCUGAAGAGGAAGAUGCUGUUGAUUCUCAGGCUGAGGAAGAGGAGAUUCAACCAGAUUCCCAAAGCCAAGAAGAGGAGGAAGAAGAACAAGUAGAAGAAGAGGAAAAAGAAGAGAGCGUUGUUAAAUCUCAAACUGAAGACGAAGAACAAGAAGAUCUUGAUUCUCAGGCUGAGGAAGAGGAGAUUCAACCAGAUUCCCAAAGCCAAGAAGAGGAGGAGGAAGAUGAAGAACAACUGGAAGAAGAGGAAAAAGAAAAGAGUGCUGUUGGAUCUCAAACUGAAGAUGAAGAACAAGAAGAUGUUGAUUCUCAGGCUGAGGAAGAGGAGAUUCAAUCAGGCUCCCAAAUCCAGGAAGAAGAGGAAAAAGAAGAGUGUGCUAUUGAAUCUCAAACUGAAGAAGAUGUUGUUGAUUCUCAGGCUGAGGAAGAGGAGAUUCAGCCAGACUCCCAAAGCCAACAAGAGGAAGAAGGCGAGAGUGCUGUUGAAUCUCAAGCUGAAGAAGAUAAAGAAGAAGAUGCUGCUGAUUCUCUCCCUGAGGAGGAGGAAGGUGCAGAUCAGGAAAUUGGUGAAGAGAAUGGUUUGGCAGAGACUGGUUUGUCUGAUUCCAAAGAUGAACAUAAUGGAGAGGAGGAGGAAGACGAUGUUGAACAGGCUUCAGCACAUUUGGAAGGUGAUGUUGAACAUAUCAGUAGAAGGGCUCAUCACUCUGAGGGAGGACCUGUGCCGAUAACAGAAGCAGAGGGACAUUUGGCAGAUGUGCCAGAAGCAAGACUGUCUGACAGCAAAAGCAAAGCACAGACUACUUUUGAUGUUCACAACAGCCUUGAGAUGGGAAGCCAUGAGAGUGGUUUGCAUGUUGGGAACACUAAUGUACCUGAUUCUUCAACACAUGGACAGACAAGUACUUCUUUAGAUGGAGCAGAGCCUGAUGCUGAUAAAGAAAACUCCUUCCAUCCUGAGGUGACGCAUGAUAUUGAAGACAAGUCACCUGAAGAAGCUGCUGCUCAAGAGGAAGAGUGGGAGGAUGAAGAGGAUGAUGAUGAAGAAACUGAAGACAUCCCAAGCAAGACUCCAGCAUUCGUUAGACAGAAAAGAAGCCUUUUUCACCCAGAUCCUCAGGCCUCACCUUCUGUUCUCAAGAAUAUUCAAGCCAGUACCAGUGAUGGGGAAGGUUCAUCUGCACCUAAACCAAAGCAGGUAAGGAAGAGGAGGACUGAGCCAACAAGAAGACAAGGUCUUCCAAAAGGCUACCUGAUGGGAAUCUUCAAACACUUUGCCAAGACAAAAGUGUCUGCAGAUGUUUACCCCGUCCUACAGGAAAUAAUGGAUAAAUUCUUUGAGCGGCUGGCAGAGGACUUGCAGACAUACGCAAUUCAUGCAAAGAGGAAAACCAUUGAAGUUGAAGAUGUUGAACUCCUGUUGAAAAGGCAGGGUCAUGUCAACGACAGGGUGCCGGUGGAAGUGCUGAUUGAAAAAUAUCUACGUAUGGAUCAGCGCAGGCUCCUCAUCCCCAUAGCAACCAGUGGAAAUGUUGUUAUCCCUAAAAAUAGGAGAUGAGUGUCUGAUUAGACAGCUACUUUUAUGGACUUCUUUCAUCUCAGAAAGCCUCAUUAUUUAGUUGGUCUUCAUUUUAUUUCUGUAAAUUUGUAAAUAUUUUGAACUAAGCCUAAAAUCUGUUAUGUAUUAUCUGUUGUUUUUUUGGGGGGGAAUUCUUGUCUUAUUAUCUGUAGUUAAAUCAAAGGUCUUUAUCUCUACACAACUCCAACUUUGGCUUUUUGGUCUACUAUUAUCAGCUCAGAUUACACAUGCGCAAACUUUCUCCUUUUGUUUUUCUAUGAAAACUUGCUUUUCUGUCAUUAAGACCCAUCAAAGAGCUGCAAAUUUAAAAAUAAAGUUCCCAGUUUCA